AUGGAGCUACACAGCUUGCAAGAGGCGUUAAAAGUGGAAAUCCAAUGUCACCAGAAACUAGUUGCACAGAUGAAGCAAGAUCCACAGAACGGGGAUCUUAAGAAACAAAUCCAUGAAAGGCAAUCAAGAAUAGCAGCUCUUAAUGAGAAACAAAAGCUGGCGGUGCGGAGCCGCCCCGCGGCCCUGCUGGUGGGCAGUGGCGCCAGCGGCAGCGCCAAGCCCGGCGGUGGCGGCGGUGGAGGUGGCGGCGGUGGAGGUGGCGGCGUCCCGGCGCUCCUCAAGGCAGCCGGCGGCGGCGGUGGGAGCCCCGGCGGCAGCCCCGCGCAGAACCUGGCCAUCUCCGUCGUGCCGGCCAAGGCGCCCAUCGCGAUGGUGACAGCGCACCUCAACGGCGGACUGGGCGGCGUGGAACCCCCCCAGAGCGCCCCCAUCAACCUGCAGACCCCGGCCCGGCAGGCGGCCGCUCGCCGCCCGCCCGAGCUCGGUUCCCGGACACAGACUUUGGGAACUAUCACUGCAGUGCCCAUUAAGGUUCCUCAGGUCAGCUCCUUGCAGAGGUUGGCAGGACAAGGACCAGCAGUGCUACCUCAGGUUAGGCCAAAGACCCUGAUUCCAGACAGCCUCCCUAUUUCCCCGUGCAGAGACCAACCAUCCAAGCAGCCUCCUACCUUCCAAAAGGCUACUGUCGUCAGCAUCAAAAACCCCAGCCCUGCCCUCCCCACUGCCAACAACACCGUCAGCCAUGUACAGACGCCUAACAGCCAGUCGCAAAGCGUCACCGAGCCUACCCCUCUCUCGUCACCACUGAGCAGUGCCGGUGUGGCGUACGCCAUCAUCUCCACCUCCCCCAACAAUGCAACUCCUAUCAGCACUAGCGCUACCGUCUCUGUGGUCAACGACAGCAUCAAAGUGCAACCACUCCUCAUCAGUGCCGACAGCAAGGUUAUCAUUAUUCAGCCUCAAGUCCAAACCCAGACAGAAAGUAAAGUGGAGACAAAGAAACUUCCUGAAGAGUCAGCUCAGGGAUCCCCUGCUACCAAAAAGAAAAAGGAGGAAAAUCCAGAGAAAAUUGCCUUCAUGGUCGCAUUAGGACUGGUUACAACAGAACAUUUGGAAGAAAUCCAGAGCAAGCGUCAGGAAAGGAAGAGAAGAAGCACAGCGAAUCCAGCCUACAGUGGACUCUUGGAAACCGAGCGGAAACGCCUUGCAUCAAAUUAUUUGAAUAAUCCCUUGUUUCUUUCAACAAGAGCAAAUGAGGAUCCAUUCUGGAAGAAUGAGAUCCACCAUGAUGAACACUGCACUGCUUGCAAGCGUGGCAUUAACUUGCAGCCCUGUGGCACAUGUCCCAGGGCAUAUCACCUCAACUGCUUGGACCCACCCCUCAAAACUGCCCCCAAGGGGGUUUGGGUCUGUCCAAAGUGCCAACAGAAGGUGUUAAAGAAAGAUGACAAUGUGCCAUGGACUGGAACUCUGGCUAUUGUUCACUCCUAUGUUACUCAUAAAACAGUCAAAGAAGAAGAGAAACGGAAGUUAUUAAAGAGAAGCAGUGAGCUGAAGAGUGAGCACAGACAGUUAGAAGAAAAAGAUCGACUUCUCAACAAUGCAGUAAAGAAAUGCUUAGAGCUAAAAAACAGCCUGUUGGCCCAGCAGAAAGGGACUCAGUCAUCACUGGAACGUCUCAAAACCCUCAUUAGACUGAUCCAAAAUGAGCAGAUGAUUCAGGUUACCAUGAUGACAACCACCACCUCCUCCCUGCUCACCGUCCCCUGGAUCAAACCCUCCUCUGCCUCUGCUGCCAUGCACAAAGCCUUGCAGCAGUCGCAGGGCAACAACUGACAGAGCCGGCUGCGCCAGAGCCGAGGAAGGGGGAACAGAAACUUUACACCCAUGCGCGAAGGAGAGAUUAAACUGAGACAAAAGAGAGAAGGAACAAUCUCGUGUUUUGUACAUGUAGGAACUCGCAAGGAACAAGGAAGGUCCAGUUUGUAGGUCACUGUGGCGGCUGCUUCGCAGGGAGCGGGACGCACUGCGGUUUUGUGUUUGCUGAGACCUUCAGUGCUGAUGAGAUUUUUUUGUUAUGUUGGCCUUAAUGUAUUUAUGACUGAGGAUGAACAGGAAGAGUAUGGCUGAUAGAAAGCGGAAUAUCCUUUUUGUGGGGAGACAGGCAGUUUUGCAGUUCUGCCUUAAGGGGAAAAUUUAAAACGCAAAGAGUUAGUGAGCUAGUGGGGACGUAGUUGGGCUGAAAGCUGUGGGAGGGAAAUCGGUGAUAUCAAAAGAAACCGAGCUACUUAGGACUUGACAUGGAUUCUUAUCAAAGGAACAAAGUUGGCUCCAUUGACUCGGGCGAGCCGGAGCUGGGGCUGUUUUGACCAGAACGGACACUCACAGAGCCUUCAAAACAAAAGAUCAUUUUUUUUAGUAUUAUUAGAGUUGAGAAUUGCAGAUAUUUAAAUAAAGAAACUGUAUGAAGUUAGCAUUUCUAGUAAAAUAUUGAAGUAUUUUCAUGCUGAUGCUUCUGUAUAUGCGUUCCGAAGUAUUUAAAAAAGUAUGACUGUAAAACUCCUUACUUUUUUGCAGGUCCUUUUUACUUAUUUUGCUAUUGGUGUAUUUUUCUCAUGGAGUUUUUGUGCAAGAUUCAGCAUAAACCAGUGGAUAUACUUGGCAGGUUGGCUUUCAUUUUUUAAAGAGGUUAUUUUAGGGGUUUUCUUUUUUUUUUUUUAAGAAAAAAAAAUCUGUUUUUUGUUUAUUGACAGUACAGAUAAUAUGCCAAAAAGAUAACUUUACAUUUUUGUACUGCAUUUUUAUUGUUAAAAGUAUGUAACUUUUGGUAUUGUAUGUAUUUUUUUAUUAUUAUUGUUGUUUUUUCCUUUUUGCUUGCAGAAAUAUCUGCUGAAAUGGUACAGGAAAAAAAAACAACUGCCUCAAGGGGUUGUUACUGGAUAAUAUCAAGAGUUCUUGGCGAGGGACAGGCGGCGGCAGAUCGUAAGGGUUUGUUGGCUGUUUUGGGGGGUUAGUUUUUUCAGGUUUUUUUUGGAAACGAUUCCUUUUUAAGAUUCUGUUGGCUUUUAGCACAUUUGGGAAGCAUUUGGCAUUAGCCUGAGAAAACCCUCGCACGCCUGUUUGUUUCACUAGCUAGUCUUCCUGAUCCUGCCAGGGUCUGCCGGCCCCCUGCAGGCCACCCACCCUUCCCACAGCCCCACUGCUGGCCUGGGAAGAGAGUGACGGGCACCCCGUUUUUUCUCAGCGUCACCCCCACCAGGUACCAUCAUCUCUGUCGUUUGAGUUCUUCAUCAAUUAGCACAACAGAUACUUGAGGAAAGCGAGAAGCCACCAGAGCACGGCACGAGGCUAGUCUCUCACAUCAGCAUAUCACAUGGUGCCGAAUCUCACUCUCUCUCUCUUUUUUUAUUUAAAAAAACACAAACAAGCAGGGGACAGGCUUGUUCCAUCACCCAUCACUAGGCAGCACAUGGUCCCUUCAACCAUUUUCACAACUCCGGGAGAAACUGUGCAGUACUAUACAAAUCUAUUUUAAUACACAACACUCAGUUGAACAAGAUUUUUAUAUUCUUUUAUUGAUGAACAAAGUGAACUAAAUAAAAGACAAUUGUUAUACAUUGGUUAUUGUAUGCCAAUUAUGCAUUCUAAUGUGACUUGCAAUGUAAAUGUUUUCAGGUUUAACGAUUUUUUUUCCUUCUCAGACAAAUUAAAAGAAAAAAAAAGUGUGGAAGGUUGAAUAUGUGAAGAAUUUCUGAAGAAGUGUCUUGGACUGUUAAAAGUAGUUAUUUUGAAAAGGGGACUGUCCAGUGGAUAGUGUGCAUAGAAAAAAAAGUGUUUGUCUUAUAUAUGCCAAUGUAGUUUUACUUCUUUAUGAUGCAUUAAACUCGACUGACAAUUUAACAGUUGUCGUGCCAUUCAUUGCUGAAGGGAUGCAGCUCGCCUUGGUCAGGACCCAUCACUGUGAGCCCUUCCUGGCCAGUUUCUGCAGAGG